UGUAACGCCCUCAGCACCUACACCACUGCCUGCCAGGAUGCCCCUGCCAAGGUGGAACAGUGGAGGUCGGACAGCUUCUGUCCGUCUUCCUGUAAGACCAACAGCCACUAUGAGGUGUGUGCCUCAGGCUGCCCCCAGACCUGCAGCGGCCUCGAUGAGCCUGAGAGCUGUGGGAACUCCCUGUGCACUGAGGGAUGUGUCUGUGACGAAGGGUUCAUACUGAGUGACAGCGAGUGUGUGCUGCUGGCUGAAUGUGGCUGCGUUCACCAAGGCCAGUACUACCAGAUGGGCCAGGUGUUCUUCCCCAACGGCCAGUGCAAAGAGCGCUGUGUGUGUAACAAGGAUGGAGACGUGGAGUGUAAUGUAAAGUUUGCCUGCGGUCCCAGUGAAAAGUGCCAGGUCCAAGACGGGGUGCAGGCCUGUGUACCCAUGAGCACGGGCACCUGCCAUGUGAGCGGGGCCAGGAGAUUCCACUGCUCGAUGGCAGCUGCUUCAGCCUACACGGGGACUGUG